ACAGUGAGUAACAGAGACGGACAGAGACGAGGAAGAUUUACGUUCGCUCUUGUUGAACAAUAACAGGACCCGGUCUACUGACUGGUCUUUUUUCUUCUGCAGUCUGUUUUUUUAGGCUGGUUUUAAUUAUUUAUAUACGUAUAUAUAUUGCAUAAUGGUAGAAAGUAGCGUCAUCAUCCGGAAGAACCGUUAGCUUGUAAAGCAGCAACAAUUAGUUGUUCUGGUGUUUUAGUUAAUUUAUUUAAGAUCUCCUGGCAGAGAAAAGGUCCUCCAGACUUUAGCGUUGGCUCUGCGGAUGGCGUCUGUAGUCUGCACCUUACGAGACCAUCAAGACGACAUCAACUGGUGCGCAUUCUCCGCCAAACUGCUGGCUACCUGCUCCGGGGACAAAACCCUCAGGAUAUACAACGCUGACGACUUCUCCGAGUUGCCUUUCUCACCUCUGAAGGGACACAGCUACAGCGUCCACUGUUGCUGCUUCAGCCCCUGCGGCCAGUUCCUCGUCUCCUGCUCCACAGAUGCGACCACGGUGGUGUGGUCCAUGGUGACGGGGGACGUCGAGGCCGUCCUGGAGCAUCCCGGCCGCAGCCCUGUUCGGAUCUGUGCGCUGUCCCCCAACGCGGCCCACCUGCUUUCAGGCGCGUCUGACGGCACUUUGGCUCUGUGGGAUUUCCACUCUAAGAGGCUGUCCAGGACUGGAGGAGUGAGAGACACAACCAUGGUAGCUUGCUCCUUCAGCCCUUGCAGUCAGAUGUUCAUGACGGGCUCCACCUAUGGAGAUCUGCGUCUGUGGGACCUGCACUUAAACCAACUCCUCGCAAAGAAGGACGCCCACGACCUGGGGGUGUCCUGCUGCAGCUUCGCUCCCAGCUUCCUCGGCGGCAACCAAGUUGUGCAGUUUCAUUUGGCAUCUUGCGGACAAGACUGUCACCUGAAGAUCUGGGCUAUUAACAAGUUCACCUCUGGAGGCUUUAACAUGGUGCUCCUACACACACUAACCGGGCAGACGGCUCCGGUCUUCUGCUGUGCGUUCUCCUCUGACGGGCAGCUGCUUGUGUCUGGCUCAGUGGACAAAAGCGUAAAAGUCUACGAUGCAAAUAACGCCGUUCUGCUUCACACACUGAACCACCACGAGAGGUAUGUGACAGCGUGCGCCUUCCAUCCAACAGCGCCGCUGAUCGCCACCGGAUCCAUGGACAAAACCGUAAACAUCUGUCGGCUGGAGGACGGACGCAGGGACGGGAAGUCGUUGCCUGGAAAAGCCGCGGCGGGCCGGUCGAAGCUGCUGGUCGCCGAUUGGUCGGAGGGGGACGUGUCAGAGUGGCUGGCCGAGGAAGGGCUCCAGGGAUUGGUGGACAAAUUCAAGGCCAAUAACAUAGACGGGACAGAGCUGCUGAGUCUCACCAAGGAGACGCUGGCGUCAGAGCUGGGCAUAGAGUCUGUCGGCCUGCGAGGUAAACUCCUGAGGAAAGUGGAGGAGCUGAAAAGUGGUUCAGUUUGCUCGGGGGUUCCUGAUGAGUUUCUGUGUCCAAUCACCAGAGAGCUUAUGAGGGAACCAGUUAUAGCAGCUGACGGCUACUCGUAUGAAAGGGAGGCGAUUGAGAACUGGAUCCACACCAAGAACCGUUCCAGCCCAAUGACCAACCUUCCCCUGCUGACAACACUCCUCACACCCAACCACGCCCUGAAGAUGGCCAUCGGCCGCUGGAAGACCAGCCAGUAGCAUCCUGAGCUGGUCGGCGCGUUUCCUUCUGAAGUCGAUAGAAACAAGACAUUCUGCUUCUGCUUUAUUCUCAUGCUGAAGUUCUUUGUGGAGGAGCAAAGCUGGAUUAGGUAAGUAUGAAGAUUAAGUGUAGAUCUGUCCGACAAACAUCGGAGGCUGGCAGCUGCAACACAGCAGAGACCCAGAUCUGUUUGUCAGCACUGUUGACAGACAAUGUGUUGCUAAUCACAUAAUAAAUGUGGAAUUAUCAGUUUAAAAAGUCACAAAAAGGAAAACUUUUCAUUAGUUGGUUUUUAUUCAAG